AUGGCUGCUAGGGAAUACAUUCAUUACCAUCAACCUUUAUGGGAUCAGAUGCAGGUUAACAAUAGAUUUUGCAUGAAGAAGUUGUAUGAUAGAGCUAUGGAAGUGGCUGUUGAGGUUAAUUGGAAACACGUGAUUCAAAAGAAUUAUGCGAGGCCUAGAGCUAUUUUAUACUUAUGGUUAUCAUGCCAUGGUCGUUUAGCCACAAAAGCCAGGUUAAAAAGAUUUGGCUUCAUUCAUGAAUAUACUUGUGUGUUGUGUAAAGUGACAGUUGAAACCAUAGGCCACCUACUGUUUGAAUGCAGUGAGACAAAUAAGAUUUGGAAAGAGGUCCUUGGAUGGUUGGGUAUCAACCAUCAGCCUCAAUGUUGGGAGCAUGAGCUUGAAUGGAUAAAGAGCAAUACUAAAAACAAAAGCAGUCUAGCUGGUAUUCUGAAAAUAGCCAUAGCUGAGACACUCUGUGAAGUAUGGUAUUAUAGAAAUGCUGACAUAUUUGGGAAUAAUUCGAAUAGUAUGAGCAUAACCAAGAACAUCAUUGAUGUUAUUUCUUAUAGAGGGUGGAUACACAAAAAAUAUAGAAAAAGGCUAGCUUUGCUAAUGAUGUAA